AUGACAGACUUCCUCCCUCGUGGUUCAGGUAUCGUUACUCGUCGUCCUCUGGUGCUGCAGCUCAUAAACUGUCCAACAGAGUACGCGGAGUUCCUGCACUGUAAAGGGAAGAAGUUCACAGACUUCGAUGAAGUGCGUCUGGAGAUCGAAGCUGAAACGGAUCGAAUCACCGGCCAGAACAAAGGAAUCAGUCCAGUACCCAUCAACCUGAGAGUGUACUCACCCAACGUGUUGAACCUGACGCUGGUGGACCUCCCCGGGAUGACGAAGGUGCCGGUCGGGGACCAGCCGGCCGACAUCGAGCAGCAGAUCAAAGAGAUGCUGAUGCAGUUCGUAACCAAGGACAACUGCCUCCUAUUGGCCGUCUCUCCCGCCAACUCCGACCUCGCCAACUCCGACGCUCUGAAGAUCGCCAAGGAGGUCGACCCGCAAGGGCUGAGGACUAUCGGUGUGAUCACUAAGUUGGAUCUGAUGGAUGAAGGAACCGAUGCUCGCGACAUCCUGGAGAACAAACUGCUGCCGCUGCGCCGAGGUUACAUCGGCGUGGUGAACCGCAGUCAGAAGGACAUCGACGGGAGGAAAGACAUCACGGCGGCGCUGCAGGCCGAGAGGAAGUUCUUCCUGUCUCACCCGUCCUACCGACACCUGGCUGACCGCAUGGGCACCGCACACCUGCAGAAGGUCCUCAACCAGCAACUGACCAACCACAUCCGGGACACGUUGCCGGGGUUACGCAGCAAACUGCAGAGUCAGCUGCUUUCCAUCGAGAAGGAAGUCGAGGAGUACAAGAACUUCAGACCCGACGACCCGAGCCGCAAGACCAAGGCCCUGCUGCAGAUGGUGCAGCAGUUCGCGGUGGACUUCGAGAAGCGGAUCGAAGGAUCUGGAGAUCAGGUCGACACCUACGAGCUCUCAGGAGGAGCGAAGAUCAACCGAAUCUUCCACGAACGCUUCCCCUUCGAACUCGUCAAGUUGGAGAGUGAUGAGAAGACUCUUCGUAAAGAGAUCAGCUACGCCAUCAAGAACAUUCAUGGAAUCAGGACGGGUCUCUUUACUCCUGACAUGGCGUUUGAGACGAUCGUGAAGCGUCUGAUCGCUCAGAUCAAAGAACCGUGUCAGAAAUGUAUCGACAUGGUGAUCAAUGAGCUGGUCAACACUGUGAGGCAAUGUACACAAAAGCUGGCUCAGUAUCCUCUGCUCAGAGAGGAGAUGGAGAGAAUCGUCACUCAGCACAUCAGAGACCGAGAGAGUCGCGCCAAAGAGCAGGUGAUGCUGCUGAUUGACAUUGAGCUGGCCUACAUGAACACAAACCAUGAAGACUUCAUCGGCUUUGCAAAUGCUCAGCAGAAGAGCAGUCAGAUGAGCAAGAAGAAAGCAACAGGAAACCAGGAUGAGAUCAUGGUGAUCCGUAAAGGCUGGCUGACCAUCAACAACAUCGGCAUCAUGAAGGGCGGAGCCAAAGAGUACUGGUUCGUCCUCACAGCGGAGAAUCUGUCCUGGUACAAAGACGAUGAGGAGAAGGAGAAGAAGUACAUGCUGACUGUCGACAACCUGAAGCUCAAAGACAUCGAGAAGAGUUUCAUGUCCAGCAAACACAUCUUCGCCCUGUUCAACACCGAACACAGGAAUGUGUAUAAGGACUACCGUCAGCUGGAGUUGGCCAGUGAGUCUCAGGAGGAGGUGGACAGCUGGAAGGCUUCUUUCCUACGAGCUGGAGUGUACCCUGAACGCAGCGUGGAUAAAGAGAAGGCGGAGGUGGAGGAGUCCAGCUCAGACGGACAGAUCCACAGUAUGGAUCCUCAGCUGGAGCGGCAGGUGGAGAUCGUCAGGAACCUGGUGGACUCUUACCUCAGUAUCAUCCACCGAACCGUCAGAGACCUGAUCCCCAAGACCAUCAUGCACCUGAUGGUCAACAACACGAAGGAGUUCAUCCACUCUGACCUGCUGGCUCAACUUUACUCCUGCGGAGACCAGAACACCCUGAUGGAGGAGUCCCAGGAGCAGGCUCAGCACCGUGAUGAGAUGUUGAAGAUGUACUACGCUCUGCGUGAAGGCCUCAGCAUCAUCGGUGACAUCAGCACCACCACCUUCACCACGGCGAUGCCUCCACCUGUCGACGACUCCUGGCUGCAGGUGACGGGGAUGCCGUCAGGACGCAGGUCUCCCAUGUCCAGUCCGACCCCCCAGCGCCGGGCCCCCCCAGGACCCCCUCGUCCAGGCGGACGUGCCGCCCCCACCCGUCCCGCAGUGUCACCUGAUCCAGGUGGACCUCCACCUUCUGUCCCAUCUCGGCCCAACAGAGCCCCCCCGCCCGGCGUCCCCAGUCGGCCCAACAAAGGUAGCCCCGCCCACGGAGAGAGCCCCCAGUCUUCUAUCGAGGGUUAA